UUAAGCCGCCACGAAAAGCGAGAUUUAUUAUCCCAAAUAAUAAAUAAAUAUUAUUUAUCAUGCCCGCAGAUCAAAUUCAAUAUUCCGAAAAAUAUUUUGACGACAAAUAUGAGUAUAGGCACGUAAUUCUGCCGCCCGACUUGGCCAAGCAUGUCCCUAAAUCGCAUUUAAUGACAGAGACGGAAUGGCGUAACCUUGGAGUUCAACAGAGUCCCGGCUGGGUACAUUACAUGAUGCAUGCGCCCGAGCCGCAUGUUAUCCUAUUCCGUCGCAAACACGUCGAGGACGAGACAUCCGCUUCGCAACCAACUACAGCCAAUAAUGUCAAUGUUUGCGUCUAGUUGGAACAACGAGAUGAAGACGCAGACAAGGACGAGCCAGAGGCAGAGGCUAGUAGAGUUGGUAGCGAGCAUUAUGUUAAUGUUAGACAGUAUUCAAUAAGAUUGGAGUUAAUCAUCAGUCACCUUGAUGUAAAAUAUGUUUACAGUAGGUUAAUACAUUGUUACAAUUAUAGCCUUAAGUUCUUUGUGGCCAUUCAGUCAAACACAAAUUUGAAAGCCUUUCACGAAUUUUUCCCUAAGUUUAUUUACCUAAUAUACGAAACGUACGCCAUGUGUACAAAUUACAAG